CUCCCUCUCUCUCCUCGUCAUCGGCGGCGCGGGGUGAUGACGCGAGAGGCGCGUACGGCGCGGCAACUGGGCAGAGCCGCCUUCGUUCGCUCCCUUUUGUCCAAGAUGGCAGCUGGUGCCGGAGGCGCCUCUUGAGCCGCGGGCCCGGAGCCAUGAAGCGGGCGAGCGAGCGGGAUUCCAGCCCGGCCGGGUCCGGCUCCACGCGGGGGGCCUCCUCUUCCUCGGCCAAGAGGCCUCGCGAGCGGGAGAGCGGCAGCGCGGGGGGCGGCGGCGGCGGAGGGAGCAGCAGUAGCCGGCGGGGCCCGCACCGCAGCUCGGCCGCCUCCUCCUCGUCCUCCUCGUCGCGCAGCAGCCGGGACAAGCCCUCGGCGGGCGGCUCCGGCUCCAGCUCGCGCAGCCACCGCGGGGAGGAGCGGCCCGGGCCCGGCGGAGAGGCCAACCACCGCGCCGCCGCCGCCGUCUCCUCCUUGUCCUCGUCCUCCGCCGCCAGGAGCAGCAGCAGCCAAGCCGCCAACCCCUCCUCUUCCUCCUCCUCGGUGGCGGCCUCCCUGCCCUCGCUGGCCUCCUCUUCGCGGCUGCUGCCCAAGGCCAAAGCGCUGCCCGCGGCCCCGGUGGUGGCGCCCUCGCUGCUGCUGGGCGUCCCGGCUCCGCCCCCGGUGGCGGCGCCCUCGCUGCUCCUAGCCCCGGGCCUGGGCCUCUCGGCGGCGGGCCUGGCGGGCCUGGCGGUGGAGCCCCCGGGGGCCAGCAGCGAGUACAAGACCCUGCUGGUCAGCGGCCUGAGCCCCGCCCUGCCCGACCAGCUCCUGGAGGAGGGCCUCUUCCGCCAGUUCCAGCGCUUUGCCAGCGGUGGGGCCAGCGACAUCAGCGUCAAGCUCUCCCACACCCCAGAACUGGGGCGCGUGGCCUACGUCAACUUCCGGCACCCGUCUGAUGCCAGGGAUGCCCGGCGGCAUGCACGCGCCCGCCAGCUCCUGCUUUUUGACCGGCCCCUCAAGGUGGAGCCCGUAUAUCUGCGGGGCGGCGGGAGGAGGAGCCGCACCCCACCGCCCACCCCCUCUCCAGAGCCCCUGGCCUUCCUGCCCCCGCUCCACGGGGGGGUCUUCCCCUACAAGCAGCGCUCGCUCUCUCCUGUGGCCGGGCCCCUCCUCCGGGAGCCCCGCCCCCCGCGCCAUGCACAGGCCGCUGCUGCUGCCGCUUUUGCCCUAGAGGCCGUGGCCCUAGGCCUGUCACGGGAGCGAGAGCGGGUGCUGGACUACUACGGCCUGUACGACGAGCGGGGCCGGCCCUAUGGAUACCCCGCAGCAGCUGUGGCUGCAGCCGAGGAGGAGUUGAUGCCAGAAGAUGACCAGAGGGCCACUCGGAACCUCUUCAUCGGUAACCUGGACCACAGUGUUUCCGAGGCGGAGCUGAGGCGGGCCUUCGAGAAGUAUGGCAUCAUCGAGGAAGUGGUCAUCAAGCGCCCAGCCCGGGGCCAAGGGGGCGCCUAUGCUUUCCUCAAGUUCCAGAACCUGGACAUGGCACACCGGGCCAAGGUGGCCAUGUCUGGCCGAGUGGUCGGCAGGAACCCCAUCAAGAUCGGCUACGGCAAAGCCAACCCCACCACCAGGCUCUGGGUGGGCGGCCUCGGUCCGAGUACUUCCCUGGCUGCCUUGGCAAGGGAGUUUGACCGCUUUGGGAGCAUUAGGACGAUUGACUACGUGAAGGGGGACAGUUUUGCUUACAUUCAGUACGAAAGUUUGGAUGCUGCCCAGGCGGCCUGUGCGCAGAUGAGGGGCUUCCCGUUGGGCGGGCCUGACCGGAGACUGCGAGUGGACUUUGCCAAAGCCGAGGAGGUGCGCUACCCUCAGCCGUAUCCGCCCGCCCCGCUGCCAGUGCACUAUGAGUUGCUCCCUGAGGCCUAUAGCAGACACAGAAGCCUAGAGCAAGACUUAAGGGUGAGGGACAGGACUCCUCCUCAUCUUCUCUACUCUGACAGAGAAAGGAGCUUUCUGGAGGCAGAUUGGGCUAGUCCUGUCAAAAAUGCAGAGCGUAGAAAUAAUUUGGAGGCCUACAGCCGGUCAGCACGGAGCCGGAGCGGAGAACGUUGGGGCAAUGAUGGCGACCGCAGCAUGCUUAAGCCUUGGGAGGAAAGGCGCAAACGGCGCAGCCUUUCCAGCGAACGUGGGAGAGCCACUCACUCGCCUUAUGAGGACCGAAGCAGGACAAAGCCUGGAGGGACAGCUGUUGACCGCAGUCCAGAUCGGGUGCGGAAGGAGAACCACGCGACUGAGGCCACAACAGAGAAAGAGCAGAAUAACUCCCUCCAGAACAACCGACACACAGCAGAGGAGAAGCCUCAUCGCGAAAUGUCUGAUCCUCAGCCUAAGAAAAGGGACAAUGAACGCAAUCAUCGAACUGGUGAGUCUGAAUCAAAGACUCACGAAGAGUCCAAAUUGGAAACCAAGAAACUAAAAAGCUUGUCAGAUUAUGCCCACACUCUGCAGCUUGCCUGGCAUGGGCUACUUGUCCUGAAGAAUAGCUGUUUCCCUACAUCUAUGCACAUCCUUGAAGGGGACUUGGGGGUCAUUAAUGGGCUCCUGAAAGACCACUUGUCUGGGGGAAAGCUGACCCAGCUCAAGAUUGCUCAGAGACUUCGGCUUGAUCAGCCCAAACUCGAUGAAGUAACUCGACGCAUCAAGCAAGGAAGCCCCAAUGGCUACGCUGUGCUGCUGGCCACCCAAGCUACUCCAGGAGCAAGUGCUGAAGGGACCUUCCCUGCCGUGGAGCCCAGCUUGCAAAGGCGGCUUCUCAGGAAUCUGGUCUCUUACUUGAAACAGAAACAGGCUGCUGGGGUUAUCAGCCUUCCUGUGGGAGGGGCCAAGGGCAGAGACAGCACAGGCAUGCUUUACGCUUUCCCUCCUUGCAAAUUCUCCCAGCAGUACCUCCAGUCCGCACUAAGAACAUUGGGAAAGUUAGAAGAAGAACAUAUGGUGAUAGUGAUAGUCAAAGACACUGCCUAGUAUUUACUCUCUUUUAUCUCCUUUCUUUCUCCUUUCUCUGAUUCCAUGUUUCUUUAUCUCACACAGCCUGGUUCCUUUGAAGGCCAAUUAUUUUGAGUGAGGCCCCAAAAGUCCUCCCAACAGAAAUCUACAGUUUUAUUAGCUUUGAAUUAAUUUUAAUAUCCACUUAAUGAAUCCCAUUUGUUUUUAAUAUGUGACACUGUCUGCUGUGUUCUUAUUUUUUUUAAUGUAUGGAAAGUUGUCAGUAAAGCCUUGUUCACUGAUGAAUUUUUAACUUUGUGCAGUGUCCUGGUUUCUGUAGUCUGCCAGGCCGGCUCUGAGCUCCAGUAGAUGCAGCUAGUAGCUACUGCCCCUACAGUUUGUAAGACCCUUCCUUUCAACUAUUCAACAUCAUGCCAGCUUUUUUUUUCUUCUUCUCUGAAAGUUGAAGCCUGGUUGCUUCUUUCCUCAGUAGUUAAUACCAGGUUAUUUUUUUUUAAUGAGGUGAUGUAGCCUCAAUUAGACCAGCCUUUUUGUGGUGGGUGAGAACAUUUAAGGUGGUCUUAACCAAAGAACAGCCCUGUGAAGCGUAAAUGUUUAGUCCAAUCCCUAGCACCUCUUAAUGCAUUAAGAUGCAAGGCACCUUAGGUUUUCCCCUCCUCUUCCUGUGUUUCCUGUUGGAUGGAUUAUAUUGCAAAUUCAAAGCCGUUCUUAAGAUUUCUUGUUAAUAGCGAUGGGCUUCUCAGGAAGACAAAUAACCAGGCACUUGAGUAGGACCUGAUAACAACACCUAAAUGAUUAUGUUGUUCAGUUCCUUCAUCACAAAAAUAAAGAGGAAAAUAUUGUUUAUAGUGUGUGUAUUAUACUAUAGAUAAUAAUGCAGUUUCCCCUUCUUGUAAUACACAGUGGGUUUAGACAGGUAGACAAAAUCAUUCUGGGGCAGAAAGUGGCUGUCUUACACGUGAUGUUCACAUGCUCACUGUUCUGGGAUUCUUGCUGGAUAUAACGUGAUGACAUAGCCACCUCAGUACAAAAAUAUGCAUAAUAUCAAGUGCAAUAAAAGCACAUUAUCUAAUUUACCACAUACUGGGAAUCACAGCUAGCAGGGGAUUCAUGCAAGUGCUUACCAGCAGAAUAUACUUCUGUCAGACAUGGCUAUGUAUGUAGGCUAUUGUUUUGUGAAGUGGCCCUCAGGUAAAAAAAAGAAUGAAGUGUGGAUUGUAAAAUAUUAGGUGGAGCGUGUGUAUCCUGUGGUAAAAUCAUCCCACAUUUUACACUAGAAUAACUCCACUUGUGUCUAAGUUAUGCAACUAAUAAAUAGAUGUAUGCAUAUUCA